AUGGCGAGCAAAAAGAUGAAUGUGCUGGUAUACUCCGGAAACGGCAGCACCACAGAGUCCGUCCGCCACUGCCUCUACACUCUACGGCGCCUCCUAUCCCCAUCUUACGCCGUCAUCCCCGUAACAGGCGACACCCUCAUCAAAGAACCCUGGUUCAGCACAUGCGCUCUACUCGUCUUUCCCGGCGGCGCCGAUCUAGGCUACUGUCGCACACUCAACGGCGAAGGCAACCGCCGGAUUAGUCGGUAUGUAAACGCCGGUGGUUCUUAUCUCGGUUUCUGCGCCGGAGGAUACUACGGUAGCAGUAGAUGUGAAUUCGAAGUAAACGACCCCAAAAUGGCUGUUGAAGGAGAGAGGGAACUGGGUUUCUUUCCUGGGACGUGUAGGGGAUUGGCGUUUGAGGGGUUCAAGUAUGCGAGUGAAGCUGGGGCGAGGGCGGCGGAAAUUAAGAUUGAGAAAGGUGCUUUUGAGGGUGUUGAUGAGGGGGUAGGCGAUGUGUUCAAGAGCUAUUAUAAUGGUGGGGGUGUUUUCGUUGAUGCAAAGAAGCUGGAGAGUAGGGGAGUGCAGAUCUUGGCGAGUUAUACGGAGGACUUGCAUGUUGAGAGUGGGGAGGGGAAGGCCGCGGUUGUGUAUCGGAAGGUUGGUGAGGGGCAUGCGGUUGUUACUGGGCCGCAUCCUGAAUUCGCGCCCCAAAACUUGAGCAAGAUCCCCAGCUUACCUUCGUAUGCUUCCGUUAUCAGCGACAUCGCAGCCACAGAUGCCACUCGACUUGACUUCAUGCGCUUAAUCCUCCGCAAACUUGGGCUGCAGGUCAAUGAGCAGGAACAAGCGGUACCGUCCCUUUCCCGUCUGCAUCUCACCGCUCAUAACCUAUCAGACGUCGCUGACCUCGUCGCUACGUGGAGUGAAAUCAUCACUGUAGUUGAUGGCGAUGAGUAUAUUAAGGGCGAGAACGAUGUGUUUCGCAUCGAGAAGGAGGGUAGUGCAUGGAGCGUCAAGGAGUUGAAGAGGGCUGUUAGCGCUGUGUCGGAGAAGCUGCCUACUCUUGCUUCUGUUACUAACAGUAGCAAAGAGAGUGUUGAAGAACAAACUCGAGAAAAGGAGGACGAUAACAAGAAGAAACCCAAAACACCAGAGGAGGAGAUACAGGAAUGUGUCGCGUACACCUCCGCCACCUCCCCCGACCAAAUCGUAUCCUACGAGAAGAUCGUGAAGGUCAUAAUGCCUCACGAGAAGGCUUUGCCAUCAGCUGAAGAGACGAAAUUCCACCACGAAUCCUUCUACGCAAACCUCCACCACUACCACACCAAGCUCCGCAACCCGAACGCUUCCUUCGGCAAACACCUCAUCUACGGCGAAGUCGUAACAUCCACUAACACGCUCCUCGAGAAGAACCCGUCUUUAUUACGCAGCCUCCCCAACGGCUUCACCAUAACAGCAACCACGCAAAUCGCGGGUCGCGGCCGCGGAAACAACGUCUGGAUCGCGCCGCCGGGGGCGCUGAUGUUUAGUACCGUGCUGCACCAUUCCUUCACGCUGAGUCAGAGUGCGCCCGUGGUGUUUGUGCAGUAUCUUGCUGCACUGGCUAUCGUCCAGGGCAUACAGAACUACGCGCCGGGCUACGAAAAAAUACCCGUGAAGCUAAAAUGGCCAAAUGAUAUCUACGCGCAGUUACCUGGUUCUUCGAAUAACCCCGUUGUCAAAAUCGGAGGCAUUCUGGUGAAUAGCAGUUAUUCGGGGAGUACGUAUGAUGUCGUCACAGGCAUUGGACUCAAUCUGAGUAAUGCGGCGCCGACUACGAGUCUCAACCUCCUCGCCAAGUCUCUGAACCCGCCGUUGAAGGACUUUACGGAGGAGAAGUUGCUGGCGAGUAUACUUGCGCAUUUUGAAACCCUCUACUCCACAUUCACACAAUCCGGGUUCACGCGCGAGAUGGAAGAAUUCUACUACGCCAACUGGCUUCAUACGGACCAAUUGGUUACACUGGAGAGUGUGGAUGGGGUGGAGACGGGGAUGAAGGCGAGGAUAAAGGGGAUUACGCGUGAUUGGGGGUUGUUGCUUGCAGAGGAGAUGAGGGAGGUGGAUGGACGGGGGACGGGGAGAGUGGUGCAGGUGCAGAGUGAUGGGAAUAGCUUUGAUUUCUUUAGGGGGUUGGUUAGGCGGAAGGUGUGA